AACCGGAGUCAACUGGAGUCUUUCCACUUGAAGGGCACACUUAAUAUGAUACAAAACCCCAACAACCACUUCCCUGUCGAAUACCAGCAAGUUGCGAAACACUUGUUUGAUAAAUUUGAACUCCAGAAGUGGGGUGCUGAGGACCAAGGAAUGGCCGACUCAAAGGGCAAGAAGAGAUCCAACGACUCGGAGCAAAAGUCCAAAUCCACCAAGCGUCCAAAGGGUGAUUCAACACAAAUCAAAGUCACGCGCCCAGCCCCCACAUCCCACCCUAUCUAUGGAACGAACGGUCCCCUACAUCAUAUUUUCCGAUAUCUUGCUGAGAACGGACCAUCCUAUAAAGUUGCGGAUGGAUACAACAGCAGAGAGUUCAGAAUUUACGGUGAUAAUGGUCUGUCCGUUGGAGAUUUCUGGAUCCUUCGAAUUGCGGCCCACCGGGACGGCGUUCAUGGAGAGCGAAUCGCAGGUAUUUCGGGAGAUUCAAUCAACGGUGCCUUCUCGGUAGUGGCUUCAGGCUGUAGCAUGGACAAGGAUCAAGGAAAUGUGUUGUUGUACACGGAGUCAGGAGCUGAGGAAACAACAUCAAAGGCGCCAGAGAUGGAGAAGAAAGGCACCAAGGCGUUGCUCAGAAGUGUUGAGACGAAGCAACCCAUCAGAGUCAUUCGAGGCGCUGGUCAAUGGCACGGUGCUCCUUCUUGCGGUUUCCGUUACGACGGACUGUAUAAAGCUGCCGAGAGCACUGUGAGAGAGAACACUAAGGGAGGUAAAUACUUCGAGUUUAAGUUGGUUCGGCUUUCGGGUCAGGAUGUCAUCAACACAAAAGUUCCUGAUCGGAAGCAGAGAAAACAAUGCGAGGACGCGAAGCUGGGAUAUUGA